AUGAACGGAUUACUUGGUCUUCUGGCCUGUAUGGUCGCCUUAACAUGUGCUAUGACAACAACUAAGGCACCACAUAACCAUAACAACCAUAAUACAACACACCAACAUGGACAUCAUGGAACCCACGGAACCCACGCACCACAUAUUGGAGAAGGAUUUACCUUCAAGUAUGACAUCAAUUCGCAACGUAUGGCGAUAGUCAGUAACCAUCAGUGUUGGAUAUAUAACCCAAGUGAUGAUGAGAAGAGUCACAUCCAAGAUAUUCAUGUUCUCAGGAAUCUCGAGGUAAAACUCAUCCAGUUGAUAGACAGCAAUCCCACUAGCACACCCAUGACACAUGACGACCUGGCACUGAUGAGUGCUUCUCUCGCACAUACAUGCCAUCCUGGGUGGCAAAUUUAUGUUCUUAAUUAA